CGUAACAUAAUUAGAUGCCUGACGGAGAGAGUAAUUAAGAUAUGCUCCCCCGACUGCUUAGAAGAGGAACUAAAGUUCUUGGGACGCACAUUUCCGCAGAACGGAUAUCCUGAAAUGUUCGUACUUAAGACUAUGGAAGGCUAUGGAAGCCCAAACACAAUGUUCUGUUGGGAAAAAGCCUAUCUACAGAAUGUUUCCAUUCAAAGGUUCGUACUGAAGACUAUGGAAGCCGUUAAACCCAAACCUACGGAAUUUUCUGUUAGAAAGAAGCCCGUAUAUAUGAGGCUUCCAUUCAAAGGUGGGUUGGUUGCUGAAUCAAUCACCAGAAGGCUUAGAAACUCCGUUGAUACGACAUACUUGGCCGCUAAUCUAUACAAAUUGCCACGUUCUACCACCAGCUUUUGUGUGUACUCAUUUGUAUGCUCGUGCCAAGCAUCACACGUUGGUGGUACGACAGGGCAUUAG